AUAGUCGCAGUGUCGCUUUUACGGUACGAGGCUUGGGCGCUUUGUCAUCCAUUAUUGACCUUAAGUUUAUUCGCUGAGGAGACACUCGACCUAAAUCUAAAUGAAUGACGGUGCCUACUGAACCAUGACGUAAUUGCAUGUAUAAUUCGACAUCACCUUCGACGCAGCGCUUCAUCACGACAUUCGUAUGUGCUGUCUCAGUAUUGGCCGAUGGAAGCGUGUGUUUAUUCACAGAACUACAAGCUGUAUAGUUACUAGCAAAUACAUUCUUGGCUGUGCUAUCUGACAAGGUGGAGCCGUAGUCUAUCCGAAAGUUAUACGAAUAUGAGCCGCAAGAAUAAAACGGCAUUCACGUUAGCGGGAUGUGCAAGUUUCGGUAUACUUUAUGCGCCAAAUAAAUUACUCGGAUUAUUUUUCAUUCAUCUUCAACGUGAUCUUGACUCUUCUGCAAGCUUAACAUCUCUAGCAUUGGGAAUCAAUCUGUCGCUAAUGUAUCUAUACGGGCCAAUUGAAACUGUAAUCUUCAAAAAAUGUGGAGCACGAAUUGCAGCUGUUAUCGGAAUCAUUUUAUCAUCUUUCGGAUUUGCGCUGUCGUCUUUCAUGACAAACGUAGAAUUGAUUGCCGUAUCAUUUGGUAUCUUUACAGCUCUUGGAGUUGGAAUAUGUAACCUAUCAUGGUACACAAUGUCAGGCCAUGCAGUACCUGAGCGGCUCUCUUUCGUCAACAACAUGUUCAGUACUUCGCACUCUAUGGUUGGAUUUGUCAUGGCUCCGCUGACACAAUAUUUGAUUGAGUUAUACGGAUGGAGGGGCGCUCUGCUCUUGACUGGUGGGAUCAUUCUCAAUGCCCUGCCGUUGGGCCUAUUAAUGACCUGGUAUUAUAAAAUGAUAUUGUCGAAUAAACUGAAAGUAAAGUCGAAUAAUAACGAUUCUCAUAUACCCGUGGAGGAUUCUACAAGUAAUGAACUUCCUUGUUGUGAAAAAGACGGUCAAAGUACAAAAAGCAAAACAAUGAAAUCCGGUUCGCCUGAAACAUGGAAACGACUUUUGACAAAUCGCUAUUUUGUUUGUUACGCGUUUGCAAUGUCAUUUGUGACCGUUUCGCGAUUUUCAGUUGGUCUCUACACAGUUAGAUAUGCACAAAGUGUUGGAAUUAACGAAUCUAAAGCUAUCUGGAUUAUUACUUUGCAGGAACUCUCAUCGGUCUUGGUCGGUCCCAUUUCUGGUUAUUUAACGAGCUUCAGUGCGAGCUCCAUCAGAAAAAUGUCAAUAAGAGAUCAAGAUUCCACAGGAGUUCGCCGGCGAAUGUCAAUAACAUAUCGUUCAUGUGUGUCUAUCAGAAGAUCUCGUAUUCUCGCCAUCUUUUCCAUUUUGUUUAGCCUCUCGAUUAUGAUUCCAGUUCUAUUUGAAACUUUCGUCGGAUUUUUAGUCGGUGGUUUUUUCAAUGGUAUAUUUGCAGAAUCCUGAAGUACCAUACAAGUGUGACAUGUGGCUCUCUGGGGGAGAACAUUCAUGCGAAAAUAUUUGUACAUUUCGAGUAGGCCUAUGUAUACGAUGGAAAGCGUGAAUAUUCGGAAAUCACUAAACUUCACGAAUCAAGAUAAACAUCACAAAAUUCUGCUUUUUAGGAUCAACUACAGCUCUUCCUGUAACGAUUUUAUCAGACUUUUUUCGUUCCGAGGACUUAGCUGCUGCUCAAGGAUUACGUUGCCUCUUGGCUGGAAUAUGGCUCAUCGUUUACCCAUUUACUGUGGGAUUUAUCAUAGACAUGACCGGGAGUUACAGGCCAGCGCAGUACUUUGCCGCAUUUUUUUCUCUAUGCUGCGCUGGUUUUACCAUGAUAACAGAGAUUGGAUUAAACAACAAUAUGAAAAAGAAUACAUUGAGCACAAUGGCAUAGGAUAGUGUGUCCAUUUGAGUAAAUUCGUGCAAUAAAAUCAUUUCCUGUUUACAUAAGUCUAUGACGUUGUAUUGUUCGAUGUAUAUACAUACUUUAGCUAAUCUUUCGCUAUGUAUAACGAACAAUUAAUUUCGUUUGGAAUCGUGAUGUACAUAGGCCUACGGUUCAUAUAUUUGAGAAUUGCUCACUUGUUUUUCAUAAAUUUGGGAGGUUUUUGUCAAAUUUUGGUUAUGUUUCCGAAAUAUAAAUUCAAAACUUAGCCAUCAUUUCCGUAUGAAAGUACUAGUUUGAUUGCGUGAAAUAUGAAUAUACAGCUGCCGAAAUGGGGUGGAAAAUACUAGCUGUCGGUACUUUUUAAAUGCAGCUGCUUGAACAUUUUAUACAGAAAAAAUAUUGGAAAUGUAAACUAGUGCAAUUGUCAGCUCGCAAAAACACUUCCAAAAUGCGCGUUUGAAAGUGCAAUACAUUUUAACAAUAAAAUCAAAUAUGAAAACAAUAUUUUUUGUUGAUAAUCUUUAACCUUUUAUUACUUCAGUUCAGUAAACGCAUGCUACUAAAUAUUUCCGCAAUCAGCUAUUUUAUUUCCCACAUUCACUGCAAUAAUAAACUGUGUCAAAUUAAUUUUAUUCAAACAACUUUAACAUUGAACACCUCUGAUAUGUAUAUAUUUGUGUAUACGCCAAACAAACCAACCACCAACAAUAAAUUUACGUAGGCUA